AUGGCAGUAGAACUCAUGACAGGUUACAACACAACGAAAACCUUCACAUCCAUAGCCGAACAAAAUGCUGUCCAAGAAGCAGCUUCUGGCUUAGAAAGCGUUGAAAAACUCAUCCAAUUACUCUCCCAAGCACGCCAUAAGUAUCAAAACUCUUCAUCUUCCUCUUCCUUCUCACCCUCAAAUCCCAACAACAACAACAACGCUUCCAUGGAGAUUGAAAGAGACUGCAAAGCCGUCGCUGACAUCGCUGUUUCCAAAUUCAAACGAGUUAUUUCACUUCUUGAAAAAACCAGAACCGGCCACGCUCGUUUCAGAAAAGCACCUCUACCGCAAACUCAACCUGAACAACCAAUCUUCAACGCUACACCUCUUCAACAGAUUCCUCCUCCUCCAACAACAACAACAACAACUACAACCCUUCACCGUCCUAUAAUCAAGAGAAACGAUUCCUCAAAGACCCUCAAUUUUUCCUACUCCUCCGCUGCUAAUUCCUUCAUUUCAUCACUCACCGGCGAGACGGACAACAAACACCAACCCUCGGCUUCCUCGCCGGCCGGAGGUUUUCAGAUCACGAAUCUGUCUCAUGUUUCGUCUGUUGGUAAGCCCCCACUGUCUUCUUCUAUGAUGAAAAGAAAGUGCAGCUCUGAAACUUUGGGUUCUGGAAAGUGCGGUAGUUCUUCUAGCCGCUGUCAUUGUUCCAAGAAAAGUAGGAAAUUGAGAUUGAAGAGAGUUGUUAGGGUUCCUGCAAUCAGUUUGAAGAUGGCUGAUAUUCCACCAGAUGAUUAUUCUUGGAGAAAAUAUGGCCAGAAACCUAUUAAGGGUUCUCCUCAUCCAAGAGGGUACUACAAGUGCAGUAGUGUGAGAGGGUGUCCAGCAAGAAAACAUGUAGAAAGAGCACUUGAUGAUGCAUCUAUGUUGGUGGUAACCUAUGAAGGAGAGCACAACCACUCACUUUCUGCAGCAGAUGCAACUAAUCUCAUUUUAGAAUCAUCUUAA